AUGGCGGCCACUUCAGUGUUUGAGACAAGACGGUUAACUGUAAAGGAACUAUGGUUUAAUAAUGUACGAAAGCCCACCAAAAUAAUUAAAAUAACUGGGUAUCCAAAGUCUACAGUAUAUAAUAUUGUCAACCGUUUAAAAGAAAUGGGAAAUGUUGAGCAUUUGCCUCGUCUUG